AUGAGCGGCCCGUGGGGCGCGGCGGGCCCGGCGCGGCAGGGCUGGCUCUGGGGGGCGGCGGCGCUGCUGGCGCUGGGCGCCCUGCUCGGGGCCUGGCGCUGGGCCGGCCCGCGCCGCCGCCGCCGCCUGCAGCGGGUCGGGACGGUGCUGAGGCUCUUCGUGUACCCGGUGAAGUCGUGCCGGGGGGUGUCGGUGCGGCGGGCGCAGGUGACGCCGAUGGGGCUGCGCUGCGGGGAGCUGCGGGACAGGUUCUGGCUCGUGAUCAGGGAGGAUGGGCACAUGGUGACAGCUCGCCAGGAGCCGCGGCUCGUCCUUAUUUCUGCCGACUGUGAUGAUGGCCACCUGAUCUUGGAGGCCGGGGACAUGGAGAAGAUAAGCGUGCCUGUACAGCUCCCCAAGAAAAACCCCGUUCGCAACUGCAGGGUGUUUGGACAGGAUAUCCAAGGCAGGGACUGUGGUGAUGAAGUGGCUCAGUGGAUCACCACCUUCCUGAACUCAGAGCCCUGUCGACUGGUGCACUUUGAGCCCUCCAUGGUGCCAAGAAAGUCAAAGGACACAAUAGCUCUUUUCAGAAACACAGAUGAGGUUGCCUAUCCUGACUGCAGCCCAGUCUUGAUCAUCUCUGAAGCUUCAAUGGAUGAUUUAAAUACCAGGCUGGAAAAGAAAGCUAAGAUACAGAACUUCAGGCCAAAUAUUUUUGUAACAGACUGCAGUGCUUUUGAGGAGGACACCUGGGAGGAUAUUCUUAUUGGUGAUGUAGAGAUGAAAGGGACCGUGUGUUGUGGCAGGUGUAUUUUAACAACAGUUAAUCCAGACACUGGGGUCAUCGACAGGAAAGAGCCCUUGGAAACAUUGAAAAGUUACCGCUUAUGUGAUCCAUCUGAGAGACACAUCUACAAAACCAGCCCUCUCUUUGGGAAAUACUUUGCUGUUGACAAAACUGGAACGAUUCAAGUUGGAGACCCUGUGUACAAGAUGGUCUGGGAAUGAAGGAGACUUUGAUCAGAAGAUACUUUUUUACUUCAAUAUGCAGAUUGUUUUUCCAUGUACACGAACACCAGCAUAACAUUUUCUUCUUCCUUGCAAUAUUUUUUAUGCUUUUUAAGGUGCAGGUGGUUCUUUGAGGCUGUGAGGUGCCAGUCAUUUCAGAUCAUGUAAUCUGCUGGCGCACCUGUAGUAACCACAUCUUUAGUUUUCCUGGAGGCUGUUGUAGAAAAAACUGGUCCAAGACAGACUUCUCAGCACUACUGUGAGCAUCACACCUCCUAAAAUUUUGUGUCAACUGCAAUAUUGGAAUCCAAAAUCAUGUACAAGAGUUUACAUCAUGUCUUAGAUAGAUUUAGUGCCUGUAAAGAACCACAAAAGCAUUCAUGCCAAGCACAAACUAUGUUUGUCACAGAGCUGCCUUUACAAAUGAUCAUGGAAUGCAGAUGGCAGGGGUCUGCUUCCCUCCUUUAGUCCUAAUCAUCUUGCCCUGUCUAUGUCCAGAGGUAGCUUUUAGCAGUGUUUCUUUCUUUGAAGUUGUUUCCUGGUGAUUUCUACUGUCUCUUGAGGUUGAAGCAAUAUCAGAAGGAGGAUUGUGAGCUGACAGUGAUAGUCAGGUCUAGACAUGGGGGUGCCAGGUAAUGUGUAAGGCUGUGGGCUUGUUUAGUUUGUGACCUCUGCUUGACAGUUUGAACUGUCAAUUUUUAUCCUGUGAACAAUACCAUAACACUGAGGCUGUAGAGUAGUAAUGCAUUUGCUAUCAUAGCAGUAAAAUUUCCAGUUUGGCCAGAAGAACUGGAUGUUCAUUGUGUUAGAGACUUCAUGCAUAUUGAAGGGGAAGAAAAGCCCUAGGGAGUGAUCUGAUAUUGAGCCUGCCCUGUUCAAGCUACUGUCCAGGCCAGUAUUGUAGGGCUUGUGCACAGCUCCUCCUCUGGCUCAGUGAAUCCCUUUGUGUAGAAAGUUAGGCUGCUAAGCAGAUGUUUGGGAAGCUGCAGUUAGAGCAUGCUAGCAUCCGUACUGGUUCUGCAUUUAUAUCUCUAGUUGUCCCCCGUCCUGCUCCGAUCUAACCAAAAUGUCAGCCAUUUGUAGGAAGCUGAUAAUUAUAUUUCAUACUGCAUAAAACAAAUAAGGGAGAAAGCUAGUUGAAUUACAGCAGUGUUAUCUUUUCUUUAAAUGUUACAUUAUUUUUUUUUUAAGUGGCCUCCAGGACAAAAGCCUACCAACUUUCGCAUGCUUGUCUGCUUGUUUCUUUUUAUGGAUUACUAAAUUUGAAAAGAGUGUUGCCCUAGCCUAAAAGAAGAUUCAAAUUAAGUGUGAAGAAUGACAGAUAUGAUCCAAUCUAAUGUUUGGAUUCUUGAGUUUUCUAUUGUAAGUAUGAAAAGGGAAUUUUGAUGCAUGUUCACAACUCAGACCUGAAAAAUGAAGAAAGUGCAGGUGGAUGUAUGUGGCAAGCCUGAAGCAAUCAGCUUGGGGAGGUAGUUUUAUACUAUUUGUGAACUCGGAGUUGCUCUGGAUGCCAUUUUGUCAGCAGGGUGCUUUGUAAGUAUUGAGUUUUCCUUGGACAGACAAGUGCCCAGUUUGAAGUGCAUGUUGGAUAUUUGUGUAUUGUUAUGCCUGAUGCAGUAACCAGUGGGAAGAUGUGAGAGCAAAAGCAUCUCUUGAAAAGGAAAAUAAUUCUGAGGUUCACUCUUAAAAAGCAUAUGUUGGAAGUUCUUAGUGUUAGGAAUUCCACAAGCUUUCAGCUUCUAAUGGUGUCAUUAAGCAGAGGCAGCCUGCUGGCCUGCCAAAGCAAUUAGUUAAGAGUGUCUCUUCAUUAAAUCAAAGAAGCAGAAGGAAAAAAGAGCUGAUUUUUUUUGGCUUCUGGCCAAGCUUAUUUUUUCUACUGUUGUUCUAGCAGCACAUCAGCAUUUACAUAGCACAAAUUGUCUGGUGUAGAUGCUGGUGCCUCUCAUUAGGCUGCUGUCGAUUGGGCUGGUUUGGAAAUGGGGCUGUCUUUGCAAGGAGAAACUGCCAUUUGCAUCCCUGCUUGGGAGAAGCCAUAGAUCUAAACCCCUGAUUUAUUCCUGUAAAGCCUCUUAGCAGAAUAUGGCUGGAAUCCUAAAACAGGUGUGCAUCUGGGUCCAAUAUGGUUCACAGAUGGCACUUAAAUCAAUUACAUGGCCAUUUUGUGAAGUUGAGAGCAUGAGUUAGAACAUUGCACUGUAAAUAUCUUCAUAUGACUGUUGAUUUCCUGUAACCGUAGGAACUUUGUUUGAUUUUGUUUUUAGUCAAUUUUCUAAAUUGCUUAAAGUGUCAAUCAUAAGCCACUGUUUUUAAAAUUGUGUACUUAAACAACUGUUGAUUUUUUUUUAACUCUAGAGGAAGAAAAACAAAAGUAUAAACUUCUAAUGAAUCCAACUUUCUUAAGGUGUAACAUUUGUUUGUGAUUUUUUUUUUGUUUUCUGUUUCAGCAUUUAAUUUUGACUACUGUUUCCAGGAUCUCAUAUAUAAUUAAUAUUGAUGAUUGUAUUUUUUAAUUCUGCCUCUGAGUUCAGAAAUAUAUGCAGUUAAUCAGAGGAUAUAUGUAAGAGAGCAGAACCAUCAGAAACAAGUGGUCAUCGGACUCAGUUUUGCAACCCUUAUGAUCUAGGUAAUGAAAAAGAUGUUUACAGACUUAACUUUUUUUUUUUUUUCCCCAGAGGUGUAUGAAAAUAGGGAAAAUGGGUUUAAAAAUACGAGAGUUUACUCAAGUUAAUCCACAUCAUGUCUCAGAGUAUAGUACCAAAGUUUGCUUUUUUUUUUUUUACAGCAUUUAUUGUACCAAUAGUUCUUGCAGAAGACUGUGUGCAGGAAUGACAGUUGUUAAAAUUUCUGGGUUGCUUAAGAUUGGUGAUGGGUACAUUUUCAUCCAAGCCUGCUCUCCCUUCAAAAAACCCAAAAAAGAUCUGCUUCUGCAUCCUGAGAAGAAAAACAGCCUUCCAAAGUCAUCACUCUGCUGCUCUGUAAGAAGACAGGAGAUUCAUAGAUCUUACCUCUACAAAUGGCAAAAGUUUCAAAAAGGGCUGCCACAGGGUGUUCAUUUCUGGUCUGCCCUAGCACCUUAAAUUUCAUUUUUGUCAUUCAAGAUCCAUAAGAAAUUUCCUGUGCUAGGUAGCUUCAGGGCUGAG